AUGGAAAGCAAUUCCUCCAGAGCUGCCCGGAGCCGUUUGUCCUGCAGCGAAUGCCAGCGGAGGAAGCAAAAGUGCAACAGAGAAUGGCCCUGCAACCACUGCUUGAAGCGAAAAGUGGCGGAUAAAUGCCAUUUUGCUCUGCCCACCGCGAAUGCGCCAGCCGAGGCACCGACAGCUUCAGACAGUCGCAAGCGCCAGGCCAGUUCGGAUGAGACUGACACGGAUAUUAUACCUACCGUGGCUGAUUUUCAACCCGGGUCUUUGGGCUAUCAUACAGCGGACCUGCUCGCCGGUCUCGGCCUCGAGGACAAGAAAGAUGCCCCCGAUGACAAUCAGUACUGGACAGACGUAGCUUCAUGUUCUGCGCUGGGGCGCGCAUUCAAGGAGUUUCCGAAGCGACAUUGGGUUGACUCGCUCCUUCGCAUCUUCUUCAACAACAUCAACAACCAAUUCUAUAUUCUGUAUCCGGCCGCCUUUUUUGACGAGUAUCGGAAUUGGUGGACCAGGGUGCAAGAAAACAGACCAGUGGCGCUUCAAUUUACUGCUCUCCUCUUUACCGUCUGCGCGUGUUCCAUUCAGCAUGCCGACGAAUCUCUCAAAGCUGUAAUUGAGCGCGAUAUGGGGGACAGCACGGAAAUAUUGUCAGAAAAAUAUCACAACAUUGCACGAGAGCUGGGAAGCGUGGUUCCACCCGGAUCCAGCCAUCUUCACAGCUGCCAGAGCAUGCUUCAUUCGUCAUACUGGUACAUUUCGCAAGCAAAAUACCCAGAGGCAUGGCAUGCACUCAGCGCUGCUGCUCGGGAAUGUCAGAUACUUGUAAGGGAGAAAGAUCAAGCAUUUCAUCAACUUCCCUCUUUUGAACGCGAAAUGAGACGCAGAUUGUGGUGUGUUAUUCAGAUCUUGGACUGGCAAACAUCUGCUGGUUUAGCUCGUCCUACUAUCGUAAAUUGGUCCGCCGUUGAAGUCGUGCUUCCAGCUCUCACAAUGGAGGCUUUUUCACCAUCUCCAAUGCUUCACAUGAAGAUACAAUCACAGCUGAUUUCGCAGUUGGCUGUUACGUACCCGAAUACCAUCAAUUUGGAACCGAGCGAAAUUCGACAAUACCAAGCGACGGUAGAAGCUUGGGCGAAAGCUUUUCCCCGGGUCUAUGCUUUUGGCAAUCCAGAUACAUCAAAAGAUGCGACAAAUCCAUGGAUCAUCUUCAACCGAUUUUAUCUGUAUACCAUGGCGUACUUUCUUCUACUGGCAUCUAUUCGACCAGUGAUGCUCAAGGGGUAUACCUCUGCCCUGUCGGAAGAAGAGCAAGGCCUCUGUGCAGACGGCAUCAAGUAUUGUGCGAAGAAUAUCAGGGUUGCGGUUCUUUGGGCCGACCAUGUUGACCGGCAUGGAGGUGGCUACCAUUUCAUGAUUAGUUCGGUCUUCGAUACAGUUGUCCUCCUAUGCACAUGCAUCAUGAAGGACGUGGAGAAUACCAUGAAGAAAGAGGACGAAGUAUACGAGGAGCUCGAUAAUGCCGUGUCAUUGUUUGCUCGACUGGCGCAUACGUCUUCUACAGCAAAGUUUGCUUUCGACACUGCCUCUCAGUUAGUGCCUAGGCUGCAGCGACCUGAUACGGUGCGCAGGACACAAAAGCGACAAAAGACUGAUGCGACCGAAGUAUCGCCAGCACCAGUCACCGAGGCGACCGGGCUCGUGUCAGCCCUAAGCCCGGGACUGGCCCUGGAAACUGGCUCUGAGACAUCACCGGAACAGCUGAGCCGAGGCUUUCUUACGCCGGCGAGUAUGUCGGAUGGUUGGCAAGGGUCCACGGACGACGUGCGACAGACCCCGUCUGUAGGUGACCCCCAAGCAAGCUUUGGCGCUAUCGACGAGUCGCUGUCGCCGUGGCCGAUGGAUAACCACGACGAGACGGCAUCUGUGGAGCCAAUAGCUGCGUACGGGGAGGAUUUUCGAUUUUUACUGGAGGAGCAGGCCACAGAUGACUUGGCCGACCAGGCUGGGCACCUGGAUGACUUUGCGGCGUUGUGGGAUUGGGAGGCCCUUGGCCUUGGGACUUAUCCGCUUGAAAAACCUGCGAAUUUCGGAGAUUAA